ACAGAGGUUCGCUGAGGUAAACAGUACUGGAGGAGGAGAGGAAGUUUCGGUGACUGUGAGUGAGUGUCAAAAUCAGAGAGAAGAAAGAAACAAUGGCGAACCAACGGUUUCAGCGUCAGCAUCGAUGGCGGUUAUUGAGUGGAAGCGACGCUUGGAUCGAGUCCAUCUCUCGGUCGCUGCGACGACGAUGAGUUUUUGAAGUGGCCGAGUUUCUGAGGCAGUGUGCUUGUUCUCGGCGGCGAUGGCGGAAAUGAAGUCGUCUUCGGCCCACUCCUGGCCGGAGGAGCCUGCGAGUUUGCUAGACGAAAGCGUGAUUCGGUACGGUAAUGAUCCCUUCGCGGUCUCUGCUGGGUCGUUUGAUCGGAGGAAGGUGGCGGAGUUUGAACCACCGGCGACUGAUGAGUCGGCUCGAUCGGAGAGCUUCAAGGACCAGACGAAGGAGUUCUUGAGGGCGUGGGGCGAAAUGCUGUGGGAAUUAGGGAAAGGAUUCAAGGACAUUGUGCAACAGAGCUUGAUCACUGAGGACUCCUUUGUGGUUCAAAAGGUUGGCAAGCCAUGCGCGAAGGUUUUGGGUAGAUUGAAGUUUUUGAAUGAGUACUUGCCGGAGGAUAGAGAUCCGGUUCUAGUGUGGCCGGUGAUACUGUUUGUCUUUAUACUCGCUCUAGCAGCACUGAGUGUCAAUAUGACUAACGAUAGUUUCACUCCGCAUGUGAAGAAAGUGCAAAAACAUCCUUCAAGUGCUAUCCGUGUGCAACUCCCAGAUGGAAGACAUAUUGCAUAUGGUGAACUAGGUGUACCUGCUGAUAGAGCUAGAUUUACCAUGGUUACUCCACAUUCUUUUCUUUUCUCCAGACUGGCAGGUAUUCCUGGAAUAAAGGUAACUUUGCUGGAAGAGUUUGGUGUCCGUUUGGUCACCUAUGAUCUUCCUGGUUUUGGAGAGAGUGAUCCUCAUCCAGAGAGAAACCUGAACUCCUCAGCCUUGGACAUGUCAUAUCUAGCCAAUGCUGUUGAUGCUACUGACAAGUUCUGGGUGCUUUGCUUCUCUAGCGCAUGCAUGCAUGCUUGGGCAGCACUCAGGUAUAUCCCUGACAGGGUUGCAGGUGCAGCUAUGGUCGCACCAAUGAUCAAUCCGUAUGAGCCUCGUAUGACAAAGGAUGAAAGCUCUCGGACAUGGGCAAAGUGGGUUCGAAGGAGAAAACUAACUUAUGGUCUUGCUCAGAGGUUUCCCAAGCUUCUCUCAAUUCUGUUCCAGCGGAAGUAUUUCUCUGGAAUUCAUGGUUCAAUUAGCGAUUGGCUGUCCAUAUCCAUGGCAAAGAAGGAUGAAGCUUUGAUCCAACAACCACAGUUUGAAGAAUUUUGGCAUAGGAACGUGGAAGAAUCAAUUCGUCAAGGUGAUGCAUCACCAUUCACAGAGGAAUUUGUGCUACAGGUGUCAAAGUGGAGUUUCAGCUUGGCAGAUCUUCAGGUUCAGAAAAAGUGCAAACACAAAGGCAUUCUUCCAUGGCUAAAAUCUAUGUACAGCCAGGCAGACUGUGAAUUGACUGGAUUUCUUGGUCCUAUACACUUAUGGCAGGGAAUGGAUGAUGAAGUGGUCCCACCAUCGAUGGCUGAUUGCAUCUCUCGUCUUCUGCCUCAAGCCACCAUCCAUAGGCUUCCAGAUGAAGGCCAUUUCUCCUUUUACUUUUUCUGUGAUGACUGCCACAGAAAAAUGUUUUCAACUCUUUUAGGAGUCCCUCAAGGGCCGCUAGACAAGAAGGUGGAGGUGGAUAUCACCGAGGAGCCGUUGAUGGUGAAUCCCGCCCUAGAAUGACACGCAACCUUGCUUCUAAACUGAAAUGUUUUCAUGUAAAUACCACAAAUUGUUCCAUUCUUUGUGGAGCUGGAAAG